AUGGAGGCAGCGCUGGGCUGUCGCGUCCGUCCGCGCGCUGCGGUUGGCUGUGUGCCACAGGCGGCCUGUCGUUGUCCGUCGGCCCGGUCUGCUCGCGUUGCAAUGCAUCCGCUGCAGCCGCGUCGCCACCUGCUCGGCGCGAACAGCUUGCGCCGGCCUCGCGUGUCCGCCGGACGGCGGCUGCCCCACCCCCCGCCGUCCCGCGCCCCCAGAGCGGCGCUCGUCGCGGAGUCGGCUUCCAGCGAAAGCAGGGACGAUGUGACUGUAACGGGCGAUGCAGAGGAGCAGCUGAGAGCGUCCGCGACGGAGGGGGGCGCUGAGGAGGCCGGGGCGUUCGAGUGGAGCCGCGCGUGGUACGCCGUGGGCGUGGCGUCCGACAUGGACGCGGCUCGCCCGCACGCCGUCACCGUGGUGGGCCGCCCGCUCGUGCUCUGGCGCGACGCCGCGGGGUCGUGGCGGUGCUUCCUCGACCAGUGCCCCUCUCCGAGGUCAGCCUGCCCGCCCCGCCGCCCCGCCUCCCAUCUCACCUUUUUCCAUCCCUCCUAUUCCCAUCGGACCCCCGCAGGCGUUACGUGUCGGAUCGCAUCUGUUCCCGCCUCACCCACCUCGACCUCACCUCCUCUCACCCCCCCCUUCCUUCCCCCCCCUCCCCUGCCAACGACCACAGGGCCGCAUAGACGCGGAGGGGCGGCUGGCGUGUUCGUACCACGGGUAGGUGUUCGCAGGCAGCGGCGCGUGCCAGCUCAUCCCGCAGGCCGCCCCGGAGCAGCCCGGCCAGGCCCCCCGCGCCGUGUGCUCCCCGCGCGCCUGCGCCACUGCCUUCCCCGUGAGGGAGUUCCACGUGAGUGCCAGGCGGGGAGGCCCGGGAUGGCGAGGGAACUCGCAAGGCGGCAGCAAGUGGUUGGGGGGGCGAGGGCAGUAGGGGUGGUGGAGGGAAGCAACGACACCCCCCUGUGCCGCACCUCGUUGCCGAGUGGCAAGCCAGAGGGUGAAGCGACCCUUCAGAGGCGGAUUUGUGCUUCGCAGAAGUUCACCCAACGUGCUGUUGCAUGCAAGCUAAUCGCUCCCCAUUCACCUCGUUCGCCUCCAUGCACGCCAGCCACCCCUUUCCCCCCCCUCCCCCUCCCGACCUCCCAGGGAGUGCUGUUCGUGUGGCCUGACGAGCACUCACCACAGCAGGCGGAGGCGAUGCCGCUGCCGCUGCCGCACGGGGUGGAGUGGGAUCAGUACGACGCGCUGCCGCACUACACGCGGCGCCUGGCGUACGGCUACGAGGUGCUGGCGGAGAACGUGGUGGACCUCUCCCACUUCCCCUUCGCCCACCACGGCGUCGGCAUGACCACCCGCGACCAGGGCAAGCCCGUCAGCGACACGGCAUGA